CGGCUGUUGGAGAGAGUGGGAAGCUGUGAAACAUCUGUCGGCUGAGUGCGGCGCCCUGCUGUGACCAGCCGCGUUUUUGUUGAGAUGUCCUGUCGAGUACAGCCGCUGCCUCCGUUCGGAGUGGGUUUUGUGGAAGUUCAGCUUGGUCCUUGAGCGGUGAUGUGAAUCGUUAUUGUUCAGCUCAGCAAUCGCUUCAGUCUCCCAUUAGUGCUCACAUGACCAGUGGAUACUUUGAGAAUCUUUUGGAUAGUCAAUCGUCCUCCGAGAGAAAACUCGUGGUCAGCUCCAAAAAAAGCCGUGCAAUGUCUAUUAGUUGUCUAUUGAGUCUAUUGUAGACCGGGCUUCAUCGCCGCUCCAGGCUCAAGUUGCUUCCCUCCCGAAGACCGACGGACGACCCCGGCUCGAACCCCGGACGAAGACGCUAUGGGCAUCGGCCGCGACAGCCGACACAAGCACUACAAGACCGGCGGUCGCAGCAAGACUUCCAUCAAGAAGCGUAAGUAUGAGAUGGGCCGCCCUGCCACGCCCUGCAAGCUGGGCGCCAAGCGUGUGCGCCGCGUGCGCUGCCGGGGCGGCAACAUGAAGUACCGUGCCUUGCGCUUGGACAGCGGCAACUAUGCCUGGGGCUCUGAGAAUGUGACCAAGAAGGUGAGGAUCUUGGAUGUGGUCUACAACGCCACCAGCAACGAGCUCGUCCGUACCAAGACACUGCUGAAGAACACCGUCGUGCAGAUUGAUGCCCAUCCAUUCAUGCAGUGGUACUUGAAGAAAUAUGGUAUGGAUGUCGGCAAGAAGAAGAAGGGUGCACAGAAGGAGGAGAAGGCUGAGGAUGAGACCAAGCGUUCUCGCCACGUGAUCUUCAAGCAGAAGGCCAGGGCCUCCAAGACCAAGCUGGACAUUGGCUUGGAGGAGCAGUUCCAGAGUGGCCGCCUCUUAGCCUGCAUCGCCUCCCGUCCGGGGCAGUGCGGCCGCGCGGAUGGCUACGUCCUGGAGGGCGAGGAAUUGGCCUUCUACAAAAAGAAACUCGAAAAGAAGAAGAAGAAUUAGAUCUUUUUGCCACAUCAAAAUACAUCAAAGGAGGGACAACAA